CGAUGCUGUGGAUACCGCAUCAGCUGGUCGGCGUGCCGCUGGGCUACAACGUGACACUGGAGUGUUACACCGAGGCGCACCCGACGUCACUGCACUACUGGACCAGAGACAGCGGACAGAUGUUACACGACAGUAACAAGUACAAGGCCGUGUCCAUACAGGGCGUGCCGUCGUAUAAGGUACAAAUGAAGCUGACCAUMGUGGACGUGUCGCACACCGACUACGGAGUGUACAAGUGCGUGGCGAAGAACUCACGUGGCGAGACCGACGGCACGAUUCGGCUGUACACUUCACACCCACCCACUCUGGCACCAGAACUUCAGAGCACGGAGAACCCCUCCCCUUCUGGCAUCCCAGCUUUAGGUCCACAAUGGACGACCGAUGGGAGUAACGAUUUAGAAAACGGUACGUCGAACAACACGAACGGAAAAGGAGGGAAAAAAGACGAUAAUUCCAUUUUGAACGAAAUCACUCGGUCCGGGCAGACGUACAGCAAACCCAACAGGCCAGAUAUCAUCAAGAAUUCGACACCAAGACUGAUUCCGACCGUCACCGUGCUGGUCUUGAUGGCCGUUGUCCAACUGUUGUCCGUGCGACGGCGAAUGAUGUAAAAUAUGGUUUUCACACAUUUUUGAAAAACCAAAAUUAUUAACGUAAAAAAAAAUAACAGAAUAAAAUAAUCCAAACAAAUAUUAUUAUUACAAACAAUAUAAUAAUUAUUAUUAAUAAGCUCAACUUCCUCGUCCACUUCUUCCUCAUCACGUAUUAUUAUUGUUAUUAUAAUUAUAACAUGUAAUAUACACCCUCCAGGCGGACAGCCCCUCCCACCCGUUUCGAACUGUUUACCCAUUGCUAUACGCAUCCAAUCCGAUGGAACAAACAAGAAGACUAACUACCCUUUCACCAUCGUUCYCUGAAAUAAACUUUGCCUCACGAGGAUUGAUGCCACUCAUCACGAUCUGCAGUCUGAAGCAUAGCCCUCGGACACCCAUUAUAGAAGACGAAUGCAGUCAUCCGUCGUGGAAUCAUGGAUCAUGUAUUUUUACAUAAUUAUUACUAUUAUUACAUAUUUAUUAUUAUUAUGAUCACCACAUUAUGAUUAUUAUGGUGGUAUAUAAACCUUGUGUAGGUACGUAUGUCCAUCCGGUAAGAUAAGGUCGUUUGAGCUGACACAGUUGUCACUUAUGUAUUAUAUAUAUAUAUUAUAUACAGAUAUUAUAAUAAAGCGUCUCGCACACAAAGACUAAUGUUGAAAUAAUAUAUGUGGAGAAAAAGAACAAAGAUAGGCAACAAGAGCGUGGAUGAGAGAGAUAUGCAGAAAGGGUGAGAAAGUAUGUGAGAAAUGAUGAAAUUAAGAUAAUAUAUCUGAAAUAGAUGUAUGUACGUUAGUUCAUUUAGAUGAUUUUUGUUGUUUUGUAUAUACGCGUUUAAUUUAACGAGAGGACAYGCUGAGUAAACAAUAAAAAAAAAUUAACAUUUUAAAUGAAUCUGAUAUGUUAUAAUAAUAUGAUUAUAUUUAUCCUUAAAAACGUCGAGGGUUAUAAUUUAUAUUGUUCGUUUUUCUUUAUGUAUUCUACGUAGCAUAAAAGUAUUUUAAAUGUACCUCGAUACAAUUUUCCCAAUAUAAUUAUCUUUAUCAUA